UGAUUUCUUCGUCAUUUAUUGUUAUUGGUAUACCAAAAAAAGUUAUUUGUUAUAAAAUGUAAAAAAAAAAAAAAUGGUUUAUUAGGUGUACAAGUAUUGCUCCUCAACGGCAACGCGCUUUGGAACUCCGCUCCAAAUCUGGUCCCAAGAAGAGCAGAAGCAUAAGAUCAAGAACAAGGAGGAGGAGGUUGAGAAAUGGGCCGUGGAGUGAGCGCUGGUGGGGGGCAGAGUUCGUUGGGCUAUCUGUUUGGAAGUGGAGAGACUCCUGCUAACAAAGCCCAAGCCCAAGCCCAAGCCCAAGCCCAAACCCAAGCUGCUGCUCCUGCUGCUCAGAACCCAGUCGAGGCUUCUCCUCCUCCUCAGAAAACAGCUGUUGCUCCAAAGUCUUCAAUUGACAAGCAGAUUCCAGCAGGAAUUCACGGCAGUCCUACAAACAACUACUUUAGGGCUGAUGGCCAGAACUGUGGAAAUUUCAUAACGGAUCGACCGUCGACUAAGGUUCACGCCGCGCCUGGUGGCGGAUCAUCUCUCGGUUAUCUGUUUGGUGGUGGUGGUGGUGGUGGGAACUAACAUCUCCUCCAUAGGAAACGCAGCAACAAGUACUCGUUUUUGGGCACAUAUAUGUUAUCCAUAUAAAUUCUAGAAAACUUGUAAAAGUUAAGGAUCUGAUGAAUUUGAAAAGCGUGGACGUCAUAUUCGCGCAAUGUCCUUGUGCAUUAUUGUUGUAUUUGUGCUUGAACAUGGUUGGCUGUGGCGAUUGAAAUGGAUCAAUGUAUAAUGUAAGAUGUGGGAUUAUCAAAUAUUGCUAGA